ACAUGCACAACUCGCAGUAGCACAGCAUAGUGCGAGUGUUGAGUUCGAGUGACAAAUUAUAAUUUAUUUCAGGUGUUUCACCGUCUUAAAACACAUGCAAGAUGUCGGGACACACGUCAAAGAUGAAGAUACUUUUGGGCCAAGUUAUUGGCACCAAAAUGAAAAAAACUGCCAAGGUUCGGGUAGAGCGGCUUGUGUUAGACAAAUACGUUAUGCAGUAUUACCCGAAGCGGACCACGGUCUUUGCCCACGAUGCUCAGGAGGAGGCCAAAGAGGGUGACGUCGUCCUAGUCCAGCAGCUCCCGCUUCCCCGCUCCAGGCACGUCAAGUACCUCAUGGAUCGCAUCAUCUACAGCCAGGGGAACGUGACGGAUCCCAUCACAGGGAAGAAGUGCGACGGAUCGUCCUACUGGGAUGAGGACACGUUGUCACAAGGACAGAAUGACAGUGAGGGGCGGUCAGGGGCUGAGCUGGAUGCAAGUGCUGAUGUGGACUCUUUGGAGAUGGGGAGACAAUCGGAGGGAACACCUGUUUGAUGUUGAAUGAAUGUUCAACCUCAUCAUUUGGACUGACAAUUUUACAAAGUGGACAUUGUACAUACAUUUUUUCAGAGUGAUCAUUCACAGCAUUUUCUUUUGAGGUCUUGAGCCAGCCUCAGGUUGACCUUGCAACGACACAGAUCAGUCGGCGACUGACUUUUCAGGAUCAAGCUGUGUGGGAGCUACGACCGUCGGGAACAACUCAGUCGCCGAUUUUGUGCGACCUGAGUGUAACUGUGAUGAUAUUAAGAGGAUCGGCAUCAGUCGGCGCUCAAAAAAAAAAAACAGUCACAAGAGUAGAACAAUUUCAACAUCUGCGACGUGUUCUACGACCAUCACACGAUUUCUCAGUUUUGUGACCUGAGCAUAAUCCUGGGUCGACCUAAGGCCGGCUUUAGAGAGUUCAUCUGAGGGCCAAACAUAUUAUGUAUGUAAGGCUGGCAGGACUUUUGUCAACAAUAGACCAACCCACCGUGCCUCUCCAUUACCACCCAUGUAUGCUCCAGCCUAGCACGCUAUACUUGCGUGUAUGCAUGUCGGACUCUUGUGCACACAUAUAUCUGUAGCUGGUCAAAACACGAUGGGGCAGGCAGGUUUAAUUUCACCCUAACUCCCUAGGCCCUUUUGGCUAGGAACCAUCAUCAAUCCUGCAAAUUCCUCCAAUUGCCACCAUGUAAAAUUUGAUUCAGCCUCAAUUCUCCAAAAUCAUCCGUUAGGCCCUAUUUCUUGAAUUUGUUCAGUGGAGGGAUGACCAUUGCCUCAAUGCUUAAAAAUCCUCCAACAAUCACUCUCAUGGGUUGAGGCAGUGCUGAUGACAUUCAGAAGCAGUGCGGAUGAUAUCGAGCAUAAUGCAGGGCUCAAUUAUGCAUGGCUGAACAUCAACAAUGCUGGGUACAGCCUACGAACUCGACACAAUGAAUCCUCCAAAACCAACCAACACAUUUAACUACAAUGAAUUCCAUUGCAGAGGGUGCAUUUAAGAAUGCCAUGUGCUUAGAAACAUUUUGAUACACACAUUUAGGCUUGUAUGGAAAUAAAAUCGGAUCUUAAAAUCCAAUGCUGUGAUAGCAAUGUCUAAUGUACAGCAAGGCAUUACCUCA